GUUUUAUUUUUACUACGCAUUACUGUUGAGCCCCCUUCUUCAAAGCGUAAGUUUUAAAAAGUUCUGAUAAUGAUCAUUUACAAUUUAAGAAACUGAUAUUUUCUGUCCCCUCAGUUUUCCAUGACGACUGGAGGAAGUUUCCACCACUGGGGAAGGAUGAUUACCUGAAGUACAUGGGUGAUUUUCAGCCUUAUCAAACAGACGUAGAGCACAUCAGGAUCCUGCUGUGUGGACCAAGUAACGCUGGAAAAUCCACGUUCAUCAACUCAGUGGAGACGGCUUUAAGAGGCAGAAUGACUGGACAGGCCUUGGCUGGGGGUGAUUCUGACAACUUAACUACAAAGUAUCAAACAUACAAAAUACAACAAGGAAAACCAGAGAGCUUCUAUCCGUUUGUCUUCAAAGACACCAUGGGCCUGGAGAAGGGUCAGAGCAGAGGUAUCUGUGUGGAUGACAUCAAACUGGCCAUGAAGGGACACAUGAAAGAUGGUUAUGUGUUUAAUCCACACUCCCCCUUUAAAAGUACAGAUCCACACUACAACAACAGCCCCACCUUAAAGGAACACACACAUGUGUUGGUGUGUGUGGUCUCAGCUGGUACACUCCCCAUCCUGAGCGAGGAGCUCCUGGAGAAGAUGAGAGAACUGCGACUGGCAGCUCAAGAGUUUGGGAUUCCACAGAUGGCCAUUCUGACAAAGAUUGAUGAAGCCUGCCCUGAUGUCCAGGCCGACAUAAAGAAUGUCUAUAGAAGCAAAGUUGUCAAAGAUGUGAUGGAGACACUGAGCUCUUCCCUGGACAUUCCUCUCGACUACAUCUUCCCAGUGAAGAACUAUCACUGUGAGAUCUGUGCAGACGAGGAGAUGGAAAAGCUCAUUCUGACAGCGCUGAAGCAAAUGAUCGAUUUUGGGAAGGAGGGACUUGCAAGUCGUGACUUGGACUAGAGUCCGACUUGAGUCACUAGUUUGAGACUUGACUUGGGACUCGACUUGAACUUGAGCUCUGUGACAUGAGAUGAUUCAGGUCAGAUUUUAGGGAACACAUUUUUCUGUACAGUUGAUACUAUGAGUGGUUACUUUUACAGGAAUAAACUGCAAUGUGUCCUUCCCACUUUAUAAUAUUUGUCACUAUGGAUGUAACAGUAACUGAUACUCUGCUGUUGAGUAGAGGGAACUACAUAGACCAUGAUCCUUUACUCCGUUUCAGUGCAGACAGCAUGAAGAAAUAACUGUUAUUAAGCUCUUUUAAAUCUGAAUUGCGUGGAUUCUGACAGUAAUGAUUCACAUUAAGGCAGACAUGUCAAAUUCAGGCCCAGGGGCCAAAUUUGGCCAUAUCAUAUCAAAUACGUAUUAGAGCUGAUCCACCAGCUACAGAUUACAGAUUUUACAGAUUUACAAUUACAGAUAUUUAUUUAAAAUGUUGUUAUUAUUUCAUAUUAUGCUUGUUCUGGAUUCAGUGUUUAAGCAAAACUAUUAUUAAACAUUUAUUUUAAUAAGAAAAGGUUUAACAUUACAUAGAAAGAGAAAACAUGCAGAUGUUGAAAUGUUUCAAUAGAUAUUUAGUUUGGCCCACGACUUUGUCCUAGUUUUUAUUUUGGCCUUCUGUGAAUUUGAGUUUGAUACACCUGCAUUAAGGUCUUGUGAAAGCAUUUCAAAAGGAAAAAGCAGCACAAAUACAAUUUUUUUUUUUUCUGUUAGCAGAGACUUGGGACUCAACUUGGAGUGACUUAAGACUUACUUGAGACUUGAAACUUACAAAGCACUGACUUGGUCCCACCUCCAAACAUAGCUGACCUGCUAACCUCCUAGAUGUGUCCGAAUGCCCAGUGAAUGAAAAAGUAAAAAGUAACACACUCAAAAUUUCCCACAAUGCACCUUGAAAAGUAAUGGUCAUCGGCGGUCGGUAGACUGGUCAGUAUAGACCACAAUACAGGGCUUGUCCAUCUUGCAUGGCUCUUGCUGUUAAUGCUGGAGGACCAAGUUGAGUGGUUCGCUGUGUGCUGUCUGCAGCUAAUAAUAAAGUAAUAAAUAAUAAAAUUAUAUUGGUUGAGAAUCAGGAAGUGCGUGGAUAGGAUGCUAGUUCUUGUUUUACUGUGAUGGCAAAACUGUGCUCUGGUCUCUAAAAGUUGGGAAAAGCUCUAAAUAAACUCAUCACUGUGGA